AUGCUUUUGAAUACUCCAUUUAAGCUUCCUGAAAGGUUCCUAAUCCCUGUGCUAGAUGCUAUUUCUGAUCACAAGCUCCCACACACAGUCAACGUCCCUGCUCUUUACAAACAAAAAAUUGAGGUGACAGAAGACAUGUAUCCAGAAAGGCCCAAAUCGAGAUCUCAACUGUAUCUCCGGCUCAAUCCUAUGAUUCAAAAGCCUUGGAUAGGUGGAUUCCCUAUCGGAAAAAUAGUAGAAGAAAAAGAAAACCAAGCCUACAAAUUUAUCGCUAAAAAAUACAAUGUGGACAUUUACAAACUGGAAUACAACCCACCAAUCCAUCUUACUUUUAAAUGAAGUGAGUAUGGCGGAGAAGAGCAAGCACAUGCAGAAGCCCUUGCAGCACAAAAAAAAUUUACAGAACUCUACAAAGCAUCUAGAAACCAAUAUAGGGUUUCUUACUGUGAGCUGACUGAUGCAUUCUUCUUGCAGGUAAGGAUCAAUCAUAUUUUCCCAAACAUCUUAUUUGAGUGCGAUAUUGAUGAUGCAAGAGCAAUAUUUGAGCAUGAUUGGUAUCUCGUUCAGAACGAAUUUAAAAACAAGUUUGAUGAUGUGAAAUAUAGGUACAGACUUGUCCAGAAAGACGAAAAGAUGAAGAAAGGAAAAAGCAUUACGAAAUUCCUUUUCCCAGCAGACAAAUUCAGAGAAUAUGAGGACAAUAACGUAUUCAACUGCAGGAAGUAUAAUUUGGUAGGGCCUAAAUAA